GCGUGGCCGGAUCCCAAGUCCCGCGUCCCUGCCCCGCGCCUGCCGCCGGAUCCCGGCCGCCCCCCGCCAUGGGCCUGGAGCUCUACCUGGACCUGCUCUCGCAGCCCUGCCGCGCCGUCUACAUCUUCGCCAAGACGAACGGCAUCGCCUUCACGCUGCGCCCCGUGGAGCUGCUCAAAGGUGAGCACCUGAGUGACACCUUUGCCCAGGUGAACCCUCUAAAGAAGGUGCCGGCCUUGAAGGAUGGGGACUUCAUCUUGACUGAGAGUGUGGCCAUCCUGCUCUAUCUGACCCGCAAGUACAAGGUCCCGGAACACUGGUACCCUCGAGACCUAGAGGCUCGCGCCCGCGUGGACGAGUACCUGGCUUGGCAGCACACAACCCUGCGGAGAAAUUGCCUCCGGUCCCUGUGGCAUAAGGUGAGCCCCCCGGGGGUUGGAAAAGCCCUGCUUCUCCGGGCCGGGGGUGAAAGGGACUCACCUGGAAAGGGCUCCUGCCUCUUGAGAAUUUAG